GCUGUCGUUAGAUCGUUCACCUCACUCCGUCAGUCAGUCAGUCCUUCCUCUAAACUCACUCUCUCUCCUCCCUUCUCUUCCCAUGAACACCUUCAAGCUCUAGGGUUUUCUCCCCCAAAAUCUAGGGUUUUUGCGCAUUACAUUUUCUCCUCAAAUUCCCCCAUUUUAUUCUCCAAGAAUCAAUCUUUCUCUCUCUACUCCCGAUUUCUCUCCUAAUAUCUCUCCAAUGGCGAAGACUCGACCCGGAAAGCGGGACCUUGAUUCGUAUACCAUUAAAGGCACCAACAAGGUCGUCAGAGUUGGAGAUUGUGUUUUGAUGAGACCUGCUGAUGUGGGCAAGCCACCAUAUGUCGCUCGUGUUGAAAAGAUUGAAGCUGAUAGCAGGAACAAUGUGAAAGUUAAGGUUAGAUGGUAUUAUAGACCUGAAGAGUCCAUGGGAGGAAGAAGACAGUUUCAUGGGGCUAAAGAAUUGUUCUUGUCUGACCAUCAUGAUGUACAAAGUGCUCAUACAAUUGAAGGGAAGUGUACUGUUCAUUCAUUCAAGAACUACACUAAGCUUGAGAAUGUUGGGGCUGAUGAUUACUUCUGUAGAUUUGAGUAUAAGGCUGCCACUGGUGCUUUUACUCCUGACCGUGUUGCUGUGUAUUGCAAGUGUGAAAUGCCGUAUAAUCCCGAUGAUCUUAUGGUGCAAUGUGAGGGCUGUAAGGACUGGUUCCAUCCUUCUUGCAUGGGCAUGACAAUUGAAGAAGCAAAGAAGUUGGAUCAUUUUUUAUGCUCUGAUUGUGUGGCUGAAGAUGAUCCUAAGAAAGGGGGAAGCACAUUCUCUACAUCACCACUGGCUGAUGGCAAGCCUGAUAACAAGCGGAGAAAGAGAUAAGAGGUGAUUUACAUACCUGGAGUUUGGGAGAGCUUUGAAGGUUACCUUGUAGAACUAACUGUGUUGUGAGAGUUGUAUUGGUCAGCUGUGAACCCUUAAAUGCCAUGCUUGUGCUCAAAACUAGGCUUGGGGCUGUAAUUUCCUGUGUGUUUGUGCCCCUUGAGCCGAUGCAUGUAUGACUUAUCUGUAAUUUAAAAUCCUGUGCAGAAAGAUAAUUCAGUUAUAGGCUUGUUGUAGCCAUGGUUGGAUUUGAUCACUUUCGGUGCCCAGAUUUAAAGAAUGGCUCAAGUUCGGCAUUAGUUCAGUAAGGUAAAGUUUUCUGUAUUUAUGCUGAAGCCUGCUGGUCUUGCCUGGAAGGUAGAAAUUUAGGUAUAAAUGUAGUAAAUGAAGCUCCUCUCCAUUUUAGUUAGUAAUCUGGGUCGAAGUCACAGGACAAGCAAAGUUGAAGAAGAUUGGAAGGAAAACAUGUGAAAUUAUUUAGUUUUGUAAUUGGAUAUUUCUUUCUGAAUAUAUCAAUUAUGUGAUUCCUUCCUCCUG